AUGACAGUGAAUUCGGUAUUUGAAGAAGACUUGCCUAAAUACGGCGCUUUACUGAAUGAUAUCGACCAUGAGUUGGAUCAAAUAUCUGAAGUGGUCAAGAAAGUAGACAGCUCGAUUGACAAUGAGCUAUCAAAUCAUAAGGAUGGGCUUGAUCUUUUCGGACUCAAGAACUCUUGUAUGAGCAUGUAUCUAACAGACUUGCUGAAUGUUGUUGGAUGCCAAUUGUCUGGCGUAUCGAUUUCCGGCUCUCCACUGGUAGAUAGACUGAUAGAAGAGCGAGUUGUCAUGGAGAGGAUAAAACCUUUGGAAGACAAAAUCAGCUACAAAACUGAGAAGCUCACCAAAAUGGCUUCGGGAAAGAUGGCUAAGGAUGAUCCCCUCAAUCAAAAACCGGCUGAUAUUGACGAUAUUGAUUUUGGAUCUGAUGACGAGGAAAUGGAAGACGAGGAACAGACGACUAAAAAGUCGACCGGAAAAUACGUUAUUCCUAAAAAUCGACAAGCAUUUUAUGAUGAACCUGGAACAGAUAAAGCUGAAGAGCGCAGAAAGAAAAAGGCGAUUCGCGGUGCGAUCGCGGAUGAAUUGAUGAAGGAUACAGACGAGCCGGAAGAGAUUAAUACUGGAGAAUUGCAUCAGUCCGGAAAAAUGUCCGCUAGACUUUUGAGAGAGGAAAAAGAAAAGAAGAUUUUCGAAGAAGCAUACAUGACUCGAACGCGCGUUGAGAAACGAGAUAGAAUGGAAAAUGAAGCGUAUCCGGACGACUUUCCCGAGGAGCAGCGCGCGGGAAACUGUCUAUUUUUCUGUCGGUUGUCCAAAGCAAAUAUCCUGCUCCAACUUCUCAAGGGGCUAAUGAUCAAUCCUUCGUGCAUGGUUUCAUUUGUCAUCAAUGAGUCCGGCAUUUCCAUCGUCUCUGAGUUCGAAGCGUGCAUUGAAAGCACAACUGAUAUGAAAAGAGCUCUCUUCGAGGAGCUAACCUUGCCCGAACGGGUGGUGAAAUUUUGCGUCCAAGGAUCGGACUUGACAUCCGCCUUGUCGUUAGUGCAACUGGCUGCUGUUGAGAUCUCACAAGUUGAGGAAAAUGAGCCGUUGCUGGUGAAAUUGAUCGAGGAUGGCAUGACUGUUGAUGUUCAUAUUCAAGUUUUUGACGUCGAUGCACAACUAUCCUUCGAAUUCGACAACGAUAAAGAAAUCCCACGAUUUGUCCUUAAUGCGAGGAGCCUCCGCGAAGCUAUUGAGAACUGGGAUGUCAUCGGCGCGUCGACCAAGAUUGUCAUGAGCCCUGAUGCUCCUCACUUCUCAUUCAUCUCCAAGGGCCUUGUUGGAAAAGUAAGGAUUGAUUUUGCGGAAGAACUUUUGAACGAAGAGAUGGAUUUUCAAUGCAAAUAUUAUGUAGCGCGAAGAUAUCGGACCGACUUUAUGAAGGCUGUGUUGACUCCUUCAAAAGCAUCUACUCGCGUGGCUUUUCGAAUUGACAAAAAUGGACUGCUUCACGUCAAACACAUGGUCACAGUAUCCACAAACGAACUUUCUACAACUGACGUUUUCCUCAACUUUGUUGUCAAUUCCGAAGUUCUCCUCGAUGGCGAAGGCGACGGUGACGAAAACGAAGAACCCUUUGAAGAAACUGUGUGUCCAGAGGAAUCCACUCACGGAGUCCUUCUUUAA